GUUAUUUGAAAUUUGAACAUACAUCAUGUUCUGUGACAUACAUCAAUUUUAAUUUUCAACCGACGCAAGGCUAAACAACGCCGAACUGUGUAUUUGUAUUUGUGCCUAAAUGUAGAGUUUGUUUAAUUAUUACAUAUUAACGUUCAAUAUUUGCGAAGAUUUCAGAAACUAUGGACAUAACGGAUUUUUUUAAAACAGGUUUUAAAAAUUUGCAAAGGAAUUUAGUUGAUAAAAACUACAGAAAAAAAAGUUUACAGGCUCGUAAAGAAUCAUUAAUAAAUGCAAGACGUGUGACAAGAGAUACGUUAAGAUUCAACCAUAGAAACAUCGAUCCAAAUAACAUGUCCCCUUUCACACCAGUUGCACCGAUAAACAAAAACAAAGAAACGCCGGUGAAUAAAAAAAUACCAGAAAAAAAAGAGGUUGUUAAUACCAAGAGGAUUGAAAUGUUGAAACAAUGGAAGGAAAAGAAAAUUAAACAAAAACAAGAAGAACAGAAACGUUCCAAACCGAUUUUUAAGGUCUUCCAUAUAGACAAAGGCAUUGGUUUGCCUAAUUUAGAAAACGUUAACAAAGAAAUAAAAGGCAAACUAAUAAAACCAGUCAAACGUGAAAUCCCAAAAUCGUUUGCACCUAAACAUCAUAAAUUUACAGCCCCUAAUAUUUCCAACAAAAAUAAAUGUUUAUCUGAUUCUGGUAUCAGAAGUAGUGCUAGAGUUGCUGCUACUACUACAAAUGGAAGAAGUAAUUUGAACAAAGAUAAAGUUGGCAAUAAAAAAGCAGUUAAAACAAAAGUUGUGAAGGAAUUAAAUACAGAGGAACGUGAUUUUAAAUCGCAAAAUAAAGCAAAACUUGUGAAGAAAGUUAAUUCAGAAAAUAGUGAGUUUAAAACUACAGAAAGUCAGAUUAAAGCACCAAAAGAUAACAAUACACCCAAAUCACUUGAGUUUAAAACUCCAGAAAGUCAGAUUAAAGCACCAAAAGAUAAUAUACCCAAAUCACUUGGGUUUAAAACUCCAGAAAACCAGUUUGAAACACCAAACAAUGAAGUUCAAACCAAAUUAAUAACUGAACGUAAGGGUACACCAUGGUUUAAAAAAACAGAUAAAGGUACAAACAAUGUUGAAGAAAAUAAUUCGAAUAAUAGUAUUAUAGUUAUUGAUGACAGUUUGGAUGAAUUAGAUUCAGAAGCAACCGUGAGAACUCCAAUAAAAAAACACACUCCAAGGCGCACUCCUAAAUAUACUCCUAGACCACCGAGUGCUAGAAAAUCGCACGCAAACAAAGACUCGUGUAUUUUGUGUCUAGAUUCGCCCAUAAGUGAUUGCAUGAGUAAAACUCCAACCAGAAUCAAAACUCCAACCAGGGCCAAAACUCCAACCAGGGCCAAAACUCCAACCAGGGCCAAAACUCCAACAUCCAAGGCCAAAACUCCAAUAACUAAGGCUGAAACUCCUAAGACCGAGACUCCUAAGACAAAAACUCCUAAGAACAAAACUCCAAAAGCUAAAGAUGAAACUUUUGUGAGAAAAACUCCAAAAACCAAAACAACAACUCCAAAGUCCAACAAGAAGUCUGAUACAAAUGAUACAUUUUCAAUCGACGAAUCUGACGAAUUUGCUGACAAUGUUACGAAAACGCAGAACUCUUUGAAGCAUACACCUGUGUAUGUCAGCCCCUUUGUAACGAUAUCCAGAGGAAAGGACUCUGCAAGAAAAGAAUAUCAAAUCAGAAAAUCAACAGGUGGGACACUUAUGGAAAUAACAAAUGGCAAGGAUUUUACAGACAUAACAAGCCCAAGAGCGGGUGCUGAAUAUUUCGAAAAGAUCUUGGAUAAUGAAAUUACUAAAAUCGAAACAAUAUGUGACAAAUGGGAAAAAUACAAAGCAGAAAACGAAAUGACCGAAGAAACCACGGAUAUGAUCAACGUAGCAACAGGCCAAUCCAGGCUGCUUAUUGCCAAAAAAUUCGAACAAUUCAGAGGGCUCAUCAACCAAUGCAAACUUUGUACUUUUAAAGAGAAGCUUAUAACUUGCGAGGACCUGCAUGGUUUUUGGGAUAUGAUAUACCAGCAGGUCGUGGAUUUAGGCAAAAGAUUUGAUAACCUGGAAAGAUUGAAAGACAAUAAUUGGGAGGAAAUACUUCCUGAAAAAAAAGUUAUUAAAAAGAAAGCUAGGGGUCGUCCAAAAAAACCUGUUGCAACUUCUUCUCUGAAGGAAAUUAUAAAAGCUGCCAAAAAUAAAAACAAACAACAAGAUCCUUUCCAAUGGGUAGUAAAUCAACCCAAAACUCCUGAAAAUAUGAACAUAACCUCGCCAAUAAAAGUAAGCAGUUCUAGAAGAAGCUUACGGGUUUCUCUUUUGCAAGGACCACUAUUGAAAAGACACAGCUCUCCAGGAUUAACCAUGACGAAGAUUACACAGUCUAUUAAAGCUGGCAAUGGAAUAACUCCUAGUAAAAGUAUCCUUAAAACCGAUUUGACUAAAUCGGCUAAACGGCACACAAAAUCGGUUCUAUUUGUUGAACAUGUUCUUCCUAAAAAGGUAAUUUUUAGUCCUGAAGAUAAAGAAAACAAUGCAAAACAAGCAAAUUUGAAUAGCAGCGACGAGGUUUUAGUAAAUAGACGUAGGUCACUUAGAAGUUCAAAAAGUCUGAGCAAAGCUUAAUUUUUCUGAAUGGUUAUAUAUUUUUUUUUUUUAUAUUUAUUGUAUGUUAUUUUUAUAUUGAAUGUGUUAUUUUUAUAUUGUAUAUACUGUAUAUUUUAUUGUCAAUAAUUUCUUUAUGUGUUGU